GAGUUGAGAGAGGGGAUUUGAUGGAGGGAAUACCGCAGCAGCAGCAGCAGCAGCAGCAGCAGCACCCAAUUCCAAGGACGGUUGAGGAGGUCUUCAGCGAUUUCAAGGGCCGUCGCGCCGGCCUCAUCAAGGCCCUCACCACUGACGUCGAAAAGUUCUACCAGCAGUGCGACCCCGAGAAGGAGAAUCUCUGCCUGUAUGGAUUUCCAAACGAGACCUGGGAAGUUAAUUUGCCCGUGGAGGAGGUUCCCCCCGAGCUCCCUGAGCCUGCUUUGGGAAUCAAUUUUGCAAGGGAUGGAAUGCAAGAGAGGGACUGGUUGUCACUUGUCGCCGUGCACGGUGAUUCGUGGUUACUUGCCGUGGCUUUCUAUUUCGGUGCACGGUUUGGUUUUGGUAAAAACGAAAGAAAGAGGCUUUUCCAGAUGAUAAAUGAUCUCCCAACUAUAUUUGAAGUUGUGACGGGAAAUGUUAAGCAAUCAAAGGAACAAUCUGCUAAUCCAAACAGCAAAAGCAAAUCUAGUACAAAGAUGCCUGAGCCACAAUCCAAGGGAGUGAAGAUGUCUCCACCACCUAAACAAGAGGAGGAAAGUGGGGAAGAAGAAGAGGAUGAUGAGCAGGGUGCCACCUGUGGGGCAUGUGGGGAUAGUUAUGCAAAUGAUGAAUUCUGGAUUUGUUGUGACAUCUGCGAGAGAUGGUUCCAUGGAAAAUGUGUAAAAAUAACUCCAGCAAAGGCGGAGCAUAUAAAGCAGUACAAAUGCCCCAGUUGCAGUAGUAAGAGGGCUAGGGUCUGAACCAUGUUCAGAAAUUGGACAUAGAUCAAUCAAGAAGGCUAGACAAGAUCAAGAAAUUUCUCUUUGCAGUUUAAUUUGGACACUGUAGUUGGGAACUGGUAUCGCAACAAUGGGACUUAAGCUACACUCUUCUUCUAUCCAAUUUUCUCAGGGAUUAUGUUUGAAGUCGUUGCUCACAAUUAGAAUGCCUUAUAUGUAUAUUACUAUUUGUGCAGUCUCAUUUGUUGCAAAAAUUCUGUGCCUGAAGGCAAUGUGCACCUUUAGUUGAGUGAAGGUUCUUCGUUGGGAUGUAACAGAAUGUUCAGUUGAUUGAAUAGAGUUACCCUUAUAGUGGAA